AAACCCAUAUCACUUAUUAUAAACUAUACCCACUACAAAUACAAACUCCAAAGGAGAAAACAAAAGCCACAGGCCAAAACCCACCUUUGUAUUUCCUCAUCAUCCAAAACCAUGGAAUUCUUCACCAAAGCCAGAGCCAUCAAGCUCCGAAGCCACAACAACAAAUACCUAGUAGCAGACGACGACCAAAAAACAAUCCGCCAAAGCCGAAACGUAUCCUCAACUAAAUCCCGAUGGAUUGUCGAACCAGUGGACGGUGGAUCUUCAAUCAGACUCAAAAGCUGUCAUGGGUUCUAUCUAACAGCCACAUGUGAAUCCUUUCUAUUAGGUAUGACUGGAAACAAAGUAAUCCAAUCACAACCGGCUAGUUUUAAAGAAUUUCCUAUUGAAUGGACACCCAAAAGGGUCGGUACUAAAGUUGAGUUAAGGUCGUUCAUUGGAAAGUUUCUUCGUGCUAAUGGUGGCCCGCCGCCGUGGAGGAAUUCAGUGACCCAUGAUGAACCGCAUAUGAAUUCAACUAUGAAUUGGGUUUUGUGGGAUGUGGAGCCAAUUGAAGAAGCAAUCAACUUAUUUGAAAACGCAAAGGCAGUGCGCCUGCUUAGCCACCACGGAAAGUACCUUCAUGCUGAAGAAGAUGAAGAAUCGAUCACACAAGAUCGAGACGGUUCAUCAAAGACAGCCCGUUGGACAGUUGAGUUUGUUCCUGGUGCCGACAAUAUGAUCCGACUUAAAAGUUACAACAACAAAUAUCUAACCGCCUCCAACAUUCCCUUCUACCUUGGUUUGUCAGGAAGAAAGGUAGUUCAAACGGUUCCCCAUCGCCUCGAUUCCUCUGUAGAAUGGGAGGCGAUACAUGAAGGUAACAAGGUCAAACUCCGAACACUAUAUGGUCAGUUCCUUCGCGCAAACAAUGGUCUCCCACAUUGGAGAAAUUCUGUCACGCAUGAUAUUCCUCGUCGGAGUAGUACCCAAGGUUGGAUCCUCUGGUCUGUAGAUAUUCUUGACAUCCUCCCAAAGAGUACAAGUCCUCAAGAAAUUAGUAACAAUGAAACUCCUAGCACGAAAAUACGAGAGGAACAGGUGGUCGAAUUUCCACAAGCACAAACACAAACAAAAAUAGUUGAUGGGCGGACUAUAUAUUACAAAAUAGCGGAUGAAUCGGGGAAUAUAGAAGAUGAAGGAGAGGAGAUGAGUUUUACAUUUAGAGGAAAUGGGGUAGAGGAAUUGAGUCGACAAUUGGAGGAGGAGAUUGGAAUUGAGGAUCUCAUUGUUUGUUGCCGAAAUCCUUUGAAUGGAAAGCUCUUUCCUCUCAUGUUGCAACUCCCUCCGACAACUAUCGUCUUACACCUUAUUGUGGUUCCGGCCGAUUCAAAGGUGGGCCGAGACCUUGAAAGGCUAGGAAUGGUCCUCUGAUUUAGAUAUCAAAGAUUUUGAGCAACAUUCUUUUUUCCUUGUGGGAUUUCUUGAUCUAUUUAAUUGUGAAUUCUUGUGUACAAUUGAUAUGUCGAAACUUUGUCAUUGUUCAUCU